CUUGGUAAAACUAAAUGUUUUUAUAUUUGACCAAAAAAAUAUUUUUUUCUUAAUUCAAAAUGUAAUGAACUAUUUUCUUUUAUUUAAACUAAUUUAUGUAUAUUUAACAUCCUCAAAAUCGCAUGUAUAAUAACAACUAUGAGUUCUUAAUUUAGACAAUGCACAUCAGAUUUGAAAAAAAUGCUAAUACAAAAUGUGACAGCGAAAUUUUGUCUCUAUCUUGGAUGGGUAGAGUUCCGGACAAUGCAGAAGAAGAAGGAUGGAAUUUAGAUGGACGAAAUUAUUAUCAACAAGGUUGGUUAGCAACUGGUAAUGCUCAAGGUAUUGUUGGGGUUACAUUUACAUCAGUAAGAACCAGUUAUGAAUCAACAAAUGAAAGAUUUCCUCUGAGAACAAAUUAUAACUUGAGAAAUCAUCAUGCUAAGGUUGUACUUGUUAAAUGGAAUGAACCCUAUCAAAAAUUGGCAUCAUGUGAUAGUUCUGGUGUAAUUAAUGUUUGGGCUAAAUUUGAUUGUCGUUGGAAUGUUGAAUUAAUCAAUGACCGAAAUACAAGAGUAACUUAUUUUAGUUGGUCUCAUGAUGGUAGACUGGCUUUAAUUUGUUAUCAAGAUGGAUUUGUUUUAGUUGGUUCAGUUACAGGACAUAGAUAUUGGUCAUCAAUGUUGAAUCCUGAAGGAACUGUCACAUGUGGCGCUUGGUCACCAGAUGAUCAACAGGUUUAUUUUGGAACAAGUAAAGGUCAAAUGAAAGUAUUAGAUAUUCAUGGUACUCCCGUCUCUCAAGUAAAUUUAGCCGAUGACUCUGGAAUAUCUUCUAUGGCAUGGUCAUGUGAAAAAUUUUGUAUGAAUGAGACUCAAAGAAAGUCUGACUAUUUAUUUAAACAUAUGCUUGCAAUAUGUUGUAAAAAUGGUUCUAUUCAAUUAAUGCGUCGUUAUGAUGAUCCAGCUCCAAUACUUAUACAUACUGGCUUAUGUCCAAUUUAUAUGGAAUGGGCUAACUCUAAAGAACUUUUAUGUGUUGCUGGAUCAGUACCAGCUAAACCGGGUCAUAAUAUUAUACAAAUUUAUUCCGAUACUGGCCAAUUAGUUUAUUCUAUAAAUUUACCUUUUACAACAAUGGAAGUAACUGCUGUAACAUGGGCACAUAAUGAUCGACGUAUAUUUAUAGCUACUGGACCUGAAAUACAUGUUGCUUGUGUGUCAGCUUCAAUUCUCCCACUUCAUAUAUUAUGUGCAUUACGUCUUUUUGAUGAGUCUAAAUUUCCUCCAAGUGAAUUACUUCCUAUUAGUAUUCAAGAUACUUUAACUGCUAUAUCUUCAUCUACCAUUUUUUGUGAAGUACCUAAAUUAUCUGAAUUAAGGCAUUUUGUCAGUAGUUCUCCAAAAAAUCGUUUAUACUGUACAGUUGUACAACAUGUUAAUGGCCCAGAAACUACUCCACCAAGUACAGUUUGUUAUGUUUUAUACAUGGAAUAUCUUGGAGGUUUAGUACCUUUAUUAAAAGGUAAAAGAAUUAGUAUAUUGAAGCCAGAAUUUGUUAUAUUUGAUCCACAAGUUGAUGAUGCGACAUAUAACAGUGCACAAAUAACAUACAAUCAUUUUGGCUGGGAUGAUUCUGAAUCAGAUGUUUGCUCUAGUCCUAAGCUCCAUAGAAAAAAUAGACACAAAUCUAAAAACUUUAGUAAUCGUCAGUUACAACUUAAUUGUUACACUGAUGUUUUACCAGAAGAUUAUCGUUUAGCUGAAGUUACAGCUAAUGUAUGGGGAACUAAAUUUCAUAUUCGUGGUCUAUGUGAUGAUUUAACAAAAAAAUUAGGUAGAGUUUCUUAUCGCACAUCAAUUUUGCAUUUACAACCACGGCAAAUGACACUAUCAAUUGUUGGUGAUGGAUUGUCUUUAACAAAUAAUUCCUCAUCACACCAACAAUUUCAAAGACAAAGAAGCUGUAGUGUAGGGUCUUCAAAUCCUAAAGUAACUGUUUCAAGAGUAAUGGAGGAUACUAAAGUAUCAGAAACAUUUGCUCAUAGUUUACCAGCUAGCCCUGUUACAGCCAAAAAAAAAACAGGAUCUCCUUCGCCAAUUAGAAAGCGUUUAAUGAAUUCACCAUUGUUUUUUCGUAAAGUACUUAGAACACAAAUUGAACCAGAUUAUCAAAAUUUAGAAACGUUCCAAAAAUCACAAAUAAAGAAUAAAAUCAAUAUGUGUAGCAAAAAGCAGCAAUUUGUGAUGCAUAACAAAGCGCCAAUAUGGAAUGAUUUAACUCAAGUUUAUCAACUAGAUUUUGGUGGUCGUGUAACACAAGAGUCGGCAAAGAACUUUCAAGUUGAAUAUAAUGGUAUACAAGUGAUGCAGUUUGGCCGUAUAGAUAGAAAUAAUUUUGCUUUAGACUUUCAAUAUCCUUUUUCGGCCGUCCAAGCGUUUGCUGUAGCUCUUGCCAGUGUCACACAAAGGCUCAAAUAAACUUUUCGUUAUAUAUUUUAUCAAAAGAUAGUAUACAUAGAUAUAUAUAUUUUUUGGAUUUGUGUUUAAUAAUCUUAAUAAGUUAACCAUUUUGUUAAUAACUAAUUCCCUUAAUUAUUAAUUUAGUUUACCUAGUGCAAUAUAUACAAUAAAGGUUCCUUGUUAGAUGUAGACUUUCACUUAACUUUUUUUAUUAAAGCUGUAAUUUUAAGAUAGCUUAAUAGAAAUGUUUGCUAUCAGUUAUAGUUGUAAUUUUCAUUUCAAUGUUUA